AAGUGAGUAGACAUUGUAGAUAUAGCAAGUAAAACACGCAGGUGAUGUGCUGAUGCAUCAUGCAUCUAGUGUGAUGGAUAUGUGUCAAAAUCUGAAGCAAUUCAUGCAUGUUGUCCACGUGGUGACCAUCCAAGAACAUGCACUAUACGUGUUGGAUACGUGUCAGCAUGUAAGCAACACGUAUUCUGUGUGUUUGUGUUGUACAUGUAUCAAAUACUGGUUGGAUAACAUUGCAACACGUAAUUUUUAAGUUGAGUCCUCUGCCUAUAAAAAGUAAAACUGAAGUUCGUUACUAUUUUACUUCAUUGUGAGAGGUGUUUUCCUCUACAUUGUUGGUGUGAUGGAGGGUACUAUAAAUAUAGUAGUUUACCACAACAGUGAGGUUAUACAAAAUACAUAUGAGAGGAUGAGUUUUGCGUGUGAGGAUACAUUUUCGUUUGUGGUUCUGUGCUUAAUAACGUUCGCGGAACUACAGUAUGUGCUCUAUCAGAGCAUAGAGAGUACUGAUAUUUUAAAGAGGGAGAGCAACAUUUUCUACAAGAGUUCGGUUGUUGUAUUUAGCAGCUUGAUACGAUUUGAGAUUGUGCCGACCGUUAACGAAACAAGUAUUUAGUGAAUGUUUUAUAUUCACCAGCAAACUCAGGUGCAACACUCAUGGAUUGGGUUGUAUAUUGAAUUUGAACAUAUAGUUGUGGAUGAGAUUCAACAUGAUCCAGAUGUACAAGUUGACAGAGCUGAAGCGUAUAAAGGAAUGAACAAUGAUAGCGACCAGGAGUUCGAAGAUACGUACGAAACUGGUGAUGAGGACGAGGACGAGGACGACAAUGGGGGAGGUAAGGCAGUCGCGAAAACUUUAGUGGUUCCACCCGCAAUCAAUCAACCGACGAACGUUCCACCUUUUAUGCGUAGCUUGGAUCUUGAUGCCAUACAUGUACUGGAGUUUCCCGAAUAUGCGAACAUAGGUGUUGCUGAUACUGAGAACGGAGAGUUUAGGAUAGGACUGGAAUACAGUUCUAGAAAAUCAGUCAUUGCGGCAAUUCGGAGUUACACUAUCUCUAGAAGAGUCGAUUACGUCGUUUAUGAAUUCGAGCCACAGACGAUCUAUGCAAAAUGCAAGACUUAUGGACGUGGAUGCGAUUGGCUUAUCCGAGUAAGCUUGAUACAGGAGAAAGCUUGUUGGGAGAUUCGGAGAUACAACGGGAGGCACAUCUGUUUCAUGGGAACGAUCUCACAAGAUCACUCUAAGUUGGACUCGGAUACGAUUGCUGAGACUAUGAAGUCAUUGGUUGAAUCCGACCCAUUCAUAAAGAAAAAUCUAUAAUUGCAGAAGUCCAGGCAAAAUUCGACUAUACCAUUAGUUACCGAAAGGUUUGGGUAGCAAAGGAAAAGUCGAUAGCCAAAAUUUUCGGUGGAUGGGAAGAAUCUUACCAAAUUUUUUCGUUGUGGUUCUCGGCAAUGGUUCAGAAGAUGCCUGGUUCACAAGUCCAAAUAGAAACACGACCCCUAUAUGCAGAGGUUGACGGUGUUAGGAUAUUUUAUCGGGUAUUCUGAAGUUUCAAUCCAUGCAUAAGAGCUUUUAAAUAUUGCAAGCUGCUGGUUCCCCCACCUAUACGAAAAAUAUAAAGGUUGUGUAAAAU